CCUGGCAUUCACAUUUCUCUCUAGGUGUCCCCACAAUCAAAACAGCUAAACUGGAUAUGGGGGAAUGGGACUUCCUUGGCCGGCUGCUUGACAAGGUGCAAGCCCACUCCACGGUCAUCGGGAAGAUCUGGCUGACUGUCCUGUUUGUCUUCCGCAUCCUGGUGCUGGGGGCGGGCGCGGAGAAGGUCUGGGGAGACGAGCAGUCCGACUUUGUCUGCAACACCAACCAGCCGGGCUGCGAGAACGUCUGCUACGAUGACGCCUUCCCCAUCUCGCACGUGCGCUUCUGGGUGCUGCAGAUCAUCUCGGUCUCCACGCCGACGCUGGUCUACCUCGGGCACGUGCUGCACGUGGUUCACGUGGAGAAGAGGGCUCGCGCCCGAAUGAGCAAGCAGGUCCCGGAUCAGCAGGUCAACUUGUUCCUCCUGAAGGGCUAUAAGGUGCCCAAGUACAGCAAGGACAACGGCAAGGUUAGCAUUCGCGGACGCCUCCUGCGAAGCUACAUUAUCAGCCUCUUCGUGAAGAUCCUCCUGGAGGUGGGCUUCAUCCUGGGCCAGUACUACCUGUACGGCAUCACGCUGCACGCCCGCUACAUCUGCAGCAAGUUCCCCUGCCCGCACGAGGUGGACUGCUUCCUGUCCCGGCCCACCGAGAAGUCCGUGUUCAUCUGGUUCAUGCUGGUGGUGGCGUGCAUCUCGCUGCUCCUCAACGUGGUCGAGAUGGGCUACCUGACCGUCAAGAAGGUCAAGGAGUGCCUGAACCGGCGGCAGGACUACACGGUCACUCCCGUCACGCCCUUACUGGAGCGGCGGGACCUCAAGGCCAAGGAGCAAGGGGCGAUCGAGAACUGGCUGAACAGGGAUGUGGAGCUGCUGCAGAAGAAGGAGCAGGCCACCAAGAGCGUGACGUCUGAGGACAACAGCGCCAACAUGGAGGAGGUGCAGAUCUGAUCCCGAGUGCCAGAACAGUCUGCGCAAACAUGCAGUACUCCCAUGUGCAUGCCGGCCAGUGUAAACAUUACCUGAGAGGGGGUCGCGU